UUCACUUAUAAAAAACAUUAGGAAAGUCCAAACUAAAAAUAAGAUGGCCGAGGUGUCUGCAGACAGUGUCACCCUGGAUCUGCUGAGAGAAGCCAGGGAAACGGUGAGAAGCAGCCCCCUGGGUGUCAUCAACACUCCCAUGAUCCCCUGGUGUCAGACCACCCUGCCUCUCAGCGUGGACUGCAACAUCCACAUCAAACUGGAGAACAUGCAGAGGACUGGGUCUUUUAAGAUCAGAGGAGUGGCCAAUCAGUUUGCCAGGAGACCGAAAGGUGGGCAUUUUGUCACCAUGUCUGCCGGGAACUAUGGGAAGUCUUUUGCGUACGCCUCAAAACACUACGGGUCAAAGGGCAAGGUGGUGAUGCCGGAAACUGCCCCGGUGUCCAGAUCCAUCCUCAUACAGAGUUUUGGGGUUGAAGUGGAGCGAGUUCCCACUUCCUGUCUGAUGAAUGUGGUGAAUCGGUGCGUUCAGGUGGACAACAUGACCUUCCUGCACUCCUAUGAUGACCUGGAUCUGAUCGCGGGGCAUGCCAGCCUGGGUAUGGAGGUGCUGGAGGUAAUGCCUGAGCCAGAUGUGGUGGUGGUGUGCUGUGGUGGAGGGGGGCUGCUGGCAGGAGUAGCUGCUGCUAUCAAACUGUCAGGCUGUGAUAAAACCAGGAUCUAUGGUGUGGAGCCAGAAGGAGCCUGCACCAUGUACAAAAGCUUCAUUGAGAAGAAGCCAGUGGGCAUGGACACCAAGAGUAUCGCUUCAGGACUUGCACCACCUUUUGCAGGUAAGCUGCCCUACGAGCUGUGCCAGCGUUACGUGGAGGCGAUCGUCCUGGUGAACGAUGAGGAGAUCAAGGCGGCGGUGUCCACUCUCUACAGGUCUGGACUCGUGGUGGAGCCGUCGGGCUGUGCUGCCUUCGCUGCCAUCGUUAACAACAAGAUACCUGAGCUGGAGGGCAAGAACGUCGUGUGCGUCCUCAGUGGAGGGAACGUCGGCAAAGAUGAACUCGCUAACUUCCCAGACUGAUAAAACUCACACUGAUAAUGUGAUUCUUUCUGACAAGUCUGUGCCAAUCUGUAGCCACUGAGAUGAACACUGUGUCUCUUAAUAAUGUAACACACUGUAAAGAUGAAAUACUAUUCAGGUCUGCCAUGUUGGAAAAUCGACCCUUUUAAUGUCACUCUGUCUGUAUGAAUUGAAUCUAAUUGUAUUAGUUUCUGUUUCUGUUAACAUAAUAAUUGUUUGUCUGAAUGUGAGAUUAAUUAUGUUGAUAGUAUUUGAUGUACAGCAUACACACCCUAAUGAGUCUUUCAUCAUUUUCUAUGAGCAUAUUCAAUCAAUAAGUAAUUAAAGUAUGUG